UAAUCCAGAACCACCUAGACGCUUCGCCACACUGCUAAUCUCUCUCUCUUUCCUCUCCCUCUAUACACGUAGAUAAGCGGUUCGAAAGUGAAGAACUCUUCUCUCUGUCUCUCUCUACGUUCGGCAAUUUGUGGAGUGUGAAAGAAAGAGAAGAGAAAUGUCAGCAUAUCGGUGGAAGAGCUUCUUCGAGGACGAAGAUCGUCCUGAGAAGCCUCGCACCUUUGGUGUCACGGAGAUGAGAGGCCCUCACUACACCCUCCUCACUCAAAACCUCCUUCAGGAUAUUUUUGAGUCUAUGGGACAUUUUGUUGAUGGGUUAAAGUUUUCUGGAGGCUCUCAUAGUUUGAUGCCAAAAGCUUACAUCAAGGAAGUGACAAACAUGGCCCACAAACACAAUGUAUAUGUCAGUACUGGCGACUGGGCUGAACAUUUGCUUCAUAAAGGUCCAUCUGCUUUCAAAGAAUACAUAGAGGAGUGUAAACAAUUGGGAUUUGAUACGAUUGAGCUAAAUGUGGGAUCACUCAGAGUUCCUGAAGAAACACUCUUGCGAUUUAUCCGAUUGAUUAAGAGUGGUGGCCUGAAAGCCAAGCCUCAAUUUGCUGUCAAGUUUAACAAGUCUGAUAUACCCAUGAAAGGUGAUAGAGCAUUUGGAGCUUAUGUGGUCCCAGUGCCGCGAUCAUCUGAAGCUGUUGAGGAUGUUGAUCUUUUGAUCAGGAGAGCCGAAAGAUGCUUAGAAGCUGGGGCAGACAUGAUAAUGAUUGAUGCUGAUGAUGUCUGCCAAUAUGCUGAUUCUGUACGAGCAGACAUCAUUGCUAAGGUCAUAGGGCGUCUUGGACUUGAGAAGACCAUGUUUGAAGCAUCAAAUGCCAAUACUUCUGAGUGGUUCAUUAAACAAUAUGGUCCCAAGGUGAACCUUUUUGUGGAUCACUCUCAAGUGAUGGAUCUGGAGUGCCUUCGAGGGCGCAACCUUGGUAAAGAUCACAGAUCUGUUCUUGGUUCUUCCUAUUUUCUAUUCUAAGCUGAGACUCUAUUGGCAGAGAUGUCUACAGUCCAUAUUGGAAUCCGUCAUACUUUCCAUUCUGUCUGUGUUUGUUAAGAUCAUGUGGAUAUGCCCCUUUAAUGUAUGAAAACUUGAGUGAGAAAACGUUUCUCUUGUUUCUUCUUUGCACUGUUUGGCUAUUACUUGAAUUUUAGUGUUCAUCUGAGGAUUUCACGUCAUGAUUUUUUAUUGCCGUGAAGUAGAUUUUUAAUCUUCGGUAC